AUGCAAUGUCAAAACCUCGUUCCCACAAGUAGGCCGGAUUCGCUACAACAACCAAAGAAGACGGAUAUUCUAGACAGUUUAUCAAAACGACUGUCGGAACAAGAGGACAUCCAGAAUCGGCACCAAGAACGCCACAGAAAUCCGGGUGCUAAACAUGGCUCGGGGGUUACCACAACUUCCAAUUAA